AUGAACCAGCCUCAAUUGGACAAAUACCAACCAGGCACUAGUUUAACAGUAGGAUCACAUAGUAUACGUAUAAUCAAGUACCUAACAAGUGGUGGGUUUGCACAGAUAUACAGUUGUGAAUUGUCUCGACCUGAUGAAUAUAUUCAUUCCAGUUUUGCAUGUGUUAAGAGAGUAGUUGUCCCGGAUAAAGGGAGUCUGAAUGUCCUUAGAGCAGAAGUAGAAGCCAUGAAGUUAUUGCGCAAUAAUUCACAUGUGGUGUCAUACAUUGAUUCUCAUGCAGCUAAAUCUAAUUUGCAUAAUGGUUCAUAUGAAGUUUUCUUACUGAUGGAAUACUGUGAAAAGGGAGGUUUAAUUGAUUUUAUGAAUACAAGAUUACAAAAUAGAUUACAAGAAUUUGAAGUACUCAAUAUCAUAUUGCAAAUUACUCAAGGUGUUGCAGCAAUGCAUGCUUUGAAUCCACCUUUGAUACAUCGUGAUCUGAAGAUCGAAAAUGUUCUGAUCUCCAGUCAAAAGGAAUAUAAAGUAUGUGAUUUUGGUUCUGUUUCAGGUGUAAUUAGGCCGCCUUCUACACAACAGGAAAUGGCAUAUGUACAACAUGAUAUACUUAAGAAUACAACAGCACAAUAUAGAUCUCCAGAGAUGAUCGAUCUUUAUCGUAAUUUACCAGUUGAUGAGAAAUCGGAUAUUUGGGCUCUGGGUGUCCUCUUAUACAAAUUGUGUUACUAUACCACACCAUUUGAAAAGGGAGGUGAAACUGCUAUUCUUUACUCUAGAUAUGAUUUCCCAUCAUUCCCACAAUAUAGUGAAAACUUGAAGAAUUUUAUUAGAUGGAUGUUAUUAGUGAAUCCAAAUGAAAGACCAAAUAUAUGUCAAGUAGCAGAACGUGCAUCUCAAUUGUUAGGGAUACCGUGUCCUAUUAGAGAUUUCUAUUCCGUUAGAAACCAAUUACCUCAUGUUGCAAGUAUGCCACAGUUGAAUAUGAUGGGACAAAAUGUAAGUACACAGAAUCUGAUGCAAGCUCAACAGAUGGCAGUCCAAAUGGUACAACAACAGCAACCGCAGCAAAUUCCAAUGCAAGUAUCACAAAUUCCUCAGACUUAUGCCCCUUCAUCUGGUGAACUUCAUAAUAGGUUGACUCAAGUAAGAACAAUCGAUGUUUUACCUUCUGUAGUGACUCAUGAUACCAAGGCUACAUCUGGUUAUAUUAAUGAAAGUGUUCAAACUUCUGAUAAGUCUAACAAAUUACAUCUUUCAAAAUCAGUUUCAAAUACACAUGCUCCUAUUGUAUUAUCACCUGUCUCUACAUCCUCAAGUGAUAAAGAUAGUACUGACGAAGAUAAGAUAUUAGAAACAAUAAAUCUACCUCCAAGAAGAAAAAAUAAUGUAGCAAUAUACAAUAAAAUGGAAGUACCCCAAUCUACAUCUGAAAAACAUCAAAAUGAAAUUGAUUUAGAGAAAAGGAUUAAAGCAGCCAUUGAAUCUUCUCGAAGAGAAUAUGAACAAAAUAAGGAAUUGGUAGAAACUUCAAGAAUUGAAGAGAACAACUCGCUAUUUGGUGAUGAAAAUGAAAUCACUGAAGUUCCAAAAAAUAAAAAAAUUCAUCAAAUCGAUACUAAUAAUAGUCCAUCUAUUGCCAAGAGUAUUAAAAACUUUGAUAAAAUCCCAACAAUGGAAAAUCAAAUCCCAUCCAAAGAUAAAACCUCUAAGGAAUUAAAUGAACCAAUGAUAGAUCAAAAUAUUCAAUUAGAGACUGAAGAGAAAGUAGAUAAAAUCAGUGAUGCUCAGAGAUUAGAAAACAAAAAGACAAAAGAAAUGUUAAGACAAAAAAUGAGAGAUAAAUUGAAUCAAUCUGGUAACAAAUUAACUUCGAAGGAUAAAUCGUCGGCAAAAAAGGAAGAACCUGUAGUGAUCGAACAGACACCAAAAGUCAAGUCGAAGCCGAUUGUUCCACCUAAACCAGAAAGGUUAAAACCAAAGAAACCAACAAAACCAAAGUUUUUAUCAGCUAAUGCCAUUGUGAAUAAAGUUUAA